AUGGGAAUCGAAAUACCAGCAUAUAUUCUCGGCGCACUCACAGCGGGCGGUGGGACGAUGGGUUAUGUUAAAUCUGGAAGUAUCCCAUCUAUCGCCGCUGGUCUCACUGUUGGAAGCUUGUACCUCUUGGGUGGUUAUCGUAUUCAGAAUCGUCAGUCAUAUGGUAUUGAACUCGCUCUUCUCGCAUCCAUCGUUCUCGCAGGAUCUUCGAUUCCAAGAGCAAUUCGAACCCAAAAGCCAUUGCCAGCAGGUUUGAGUCUUCUCGCUUUGUACGGACUCUUCACCUUCGGAAAUGCGUUCAGAACACGAGAGUAA